AUGCUUCGCAGUGUGGGAGUGUCGUUUCCCGGAGUGGAGGUGCGCUUCGAGGGGGUGAGCGCGUCUGCCAAGGUGCAAGUGGGGGCGAGGGGCCUACCCACGCUGCCCAACAUGCUGGCCAACCAAGCAGUGGCGUUGCUGAGGGAGGUGCGACUACUCAAGGAUCGGCGCCGCCUCUUCUUCGCUCCUCACGGCUGCUUUGGCAUCCUCAAGCCCGGCAGGAUGACGCUGCUGCUGGGGUUGCCAGGCAGCGGCAAGUCAACGCUGCUGAAGAUCCUGGCAGGGAAGGCGGAGAGGGAGUUGGGCGUGCAGGGCGAGGUCACGUACAAUGGCCGCCCGGGGAGCCACUUCGUGCUGCCGCGCUCCGUGGUGUUUGUGCCUCAGAUGGACUCCCACAUCGGCGAGAUGACCGUCCGGGAGACGCUCCAGUUCUCCGCUCGCCUUCAGGGGCCCGGCCACCGCGCAGAACUAUUUCAGCAUGUGGAGGACAAAGAGAGGGAGGCCAGCAACAAGCCAGAUGACGUCAUGGAGGUCGUGAUGAAGGCGAUGGCCAAUGAGAGGCAGUGCUUAGAUGUUGUGGUGCAGUACGUCCUCAAGAUGCUCGGCCUGGAUGUGUGUGCUGAUACCAUGGUUGGGGACAGCAUGAGGAGGGGAGUAUCAGGAGGGCAGACGAAACGAGUGAGCAUCGCCGAGGCACUCAUGGGAGCAAAGCAGGUCGUGCUGAUGGAUGAGAUCUCCAAUGGGCUUGACUCCGCCACCACUUACCACAUCACCCGGUGCCUGCGCAACCUCACGCACUUAACUAAUACCACCACCCUCAUCUCCCUGCUGCAACCCGCGCCAGAAACAUUUGAGCUGUUUGAUGACGUCAUGCUGAUGUUAGAGGGGCGGAUUGUGUACCAUGGGCCCAGGGAGGAGGUGUUGGGAUUCUUCCAGGAAAUGGGGUUUGCCCCGCCUGCCCGCAAGGGAGUGGCUGACUUCCUGCAACAAGUCACCUCACUAAGGGAUCAGGAGCAGUACUAG